CUCUCUCUCACUCACUCACUCACUCACUCACUCCGCCGAGUCCCACAGUCACUCACUCAGCCUCUGAGGUCGCAGGCGCACGCAUGCAACCAAACCGCCGGGGCAGCUUCUGAAACGCUAUGCAGCAGUGAUCCAUGACAUCCACCAUGAGCUUCCGAUCGCUGGUGCGCCUGGACAGCCAGGAGGGCAACACCCGGGAGGGCAGCCUCAAGAAGAAGAGCCGGCUCUGGCACCGCCACUCCCUGAAGGGCAGCUUCAAGUCCCGCAACGGGGACAACUCAGCUGACACCAUGGCACGACAGCUGAACCGCACUCGCUCCAACUCACUGGUGGAUUACUCCGACCCUCUCAGGACCACGGUGGUGCUGGAGAAGCAAGACAAUGAGGCGUACGGUUUUGAAGUACAGACGUAUGGUGUGCAGCUGAAGAACACCACGGCGGUGGAGAUGUGCACGUUCGUGUGUACCGUGCAGCAGGACAGCGCCGCUGAGAACGCAGGCCUGAGUGCUGGCGACGUGAUUGUCACUAUCAACGGCGUCAGUAUCGAGGGCUCCUCUCACCAGGACAUCAUCAGCCUGAUCAGGGAGUCCACCAACGUGCUAAAGAUGGAGACGGUCAGUGGCACCCUGGUGAAGAGGAUUGAGCUGGAGAAGAAGCUCAGCGUACUGAAGCAAAAUUUGCGCGAGAGAUGGGUGGAGCUGCAGGCCCUCACUCAACAGGAAAAGCGUCUUACUAGAGGUAACCUGGUGGACAGUGCUGGCGUGCCGUCCCUGGAGUCCCUCAUCUCUGUAGCGUCCCCCACCAGCCAGCGGGGCAUGCGCUUCUCCAGCGACAGCAGCUGCCGCAGCCUGAUCACGUCGGACAGCGAGGACGCCCUCUCGCCCGUGUUCGACGAGUGCAACAACCCCUACAGCCCGCUGAGCCCGGGCGGCCAGUCCGUCUUCUUCGCCCGGGGCCCUCACCGGCCGACGCUCACCCGCACGCGCAGCAUCAGCAACGGCAGCGCCUCACCCUCGCCGACCUCCGACGCCAGCCGCGCGACCUCGCUGUUCGGCACGCUGCCCAGGAAGGGACGCAAGGGCAGCGUCCGCCAGCAGUUCUUCAAGUUCAUCCACCACUCGGUGGAGGAGGAGGAGGGCAGCUGAGUGGACGCCGUCCGGCGACUGAACACUAAACUUCUUGUUGACCCCAGACGAACGUGAGACGCGAAAGCGUCGUCACGGCACCCUGACCAGGUUGCCCUCAGGCAUUAAUGGCUCUCCAGCAGAGAGUCCCAACCCUCCACGCACAGCAUUUAGUCAACUGGACUCAAACAAAGCACAGGAACAAUAGACUUCCAGUUAUUGUGUCUGCACCUGCAGAAAUUCAUCUGUUUGACUGCCGUUUUGGACAAUGAGGACACAGAGACAGAUAUCCACAGAGUGUGUGCCAGCUGCGGGUGGAUGGUUGCAGGGUGAGUCAAGUAGUCCUCCAGAGAGGGUGCACUAUGACUCUGCAUGCAAUGGAAAGGUUCUCAGUUCCUCCAGUGAGGGCUUAGUUACUGAACCCCAUAAAAUUCACGCUUGAGAGUUUGCAGCGUUGACAUGAUGAUGCUGAACUCACUCCGUUUCUAGACACACAAACCUGGUUCAAAAGAGCACAAGGUUAUCAGUAGCAUGGAAAAUCUGCGGCAUUAAUGGCAUCUCGCAUUAAAAACUGUAAUUAUCCCAUUUUCAGUGUUAACCAUAACUACAGCUUCAUUAUCUUCUGUUUCAUGUCUGUUCAAAAAAUGUAGCCAUGCAGUCUUCAAAGACUAAGGAGCAUGCACUGUCUGGCUUGCUGACCUAUUUCAAUGAAUUACUGUAAAUCAGAGGAGCAGAUAUCUGAGCUUUUGGAUUUUCUUUGAAAUGCGCUGCCCAAUCAGAUAUGUCCUAUCCAGGACAGAUUUUUAUGUUUCGUAGCAACAGUCUGACACAGAAAACGGUAGAAAUCGAAACCCGCACGGUUUGUGUGAAGUUCAAAACAGGAUGUGGGCUGUCAUGGUGCUACCCUUCCAGACUUGUAUCUUUUUUCGCAGAGCUGCUCUCUGGUGCGUUCAGCAGCCUACGUGCCAUAAGUCAUACUCACCUUGCUGUAUGGUAGGCCUUGUUGAGCACAUCGGGACCUAUUCGCGGGCAACAGGUUCACAGUUCUCAGUGAAAUCAGGACAGAGUGUGAGAGGAGACUCAGUGGAUUUGCAUGCAUCCUGACUCCAUGUGCUGUAAUCAAGUUUCAAUCCUAUUCCAAGCUGAACCUGUGUGAAUCCUGUAAUUGUCUGUUAACAAGAGGAUUUCUCCCCUUGAUAUAUUUCUGCUUUCAAUAGGUUUCUCCACUAGGGGGAGUAGCAGUGGAAUUAGCAGGUACAGCAGUGUUGGUUUCAGACUGUAACAGCAAAAGGGAUACAGAAAGGGUUGUACUGAGAGGGGCUGUGCUCCCCUUUUGCAAAAUAUAUUUGUGAGUGAGCCUUUACUUGAUCCUGAAAAGCCCUACCUGCAACAGAUGUCGUAUUAAAGUAUAGCACAGUGAAAUGUAGUGUAAGUGUAGAUGUGUGUUAAAUGUAGUUGUACAGCUGAAUGAGCAAGGCUGCUCAGAUGUUAUCAGACCAGUAGGUCAGAGCUGAGGGUGUGAGAUGUUGUUGUACAGGUUCUAAAUUUACUUUGUGCCCGCAGUUAGAAUAACCUCGUUCUCGGGACGCUAGUCUCACACGUCAUGCCUGGUGUGAACUGUGAAGUCAAAAAGUGUGUUUUAAAAACGAGUGUAAAACUGUAGAGCAUUGUGUUUGUGUUUGCAUAGAACAGGAAAUCCCUGACACACUUCAUUUCAUAUGAGUUUCAAAUAUAUGUAUAUUAUAUGUUUCUAAAUAAACUGAAAAAAAAAAAA